GCAACGUCGACAAAAUGACCGAUAUUCGUCCGCGGGCUGAAGCCGAGCUUCACGCUACAAGAACAUGUUACCUCUCAAACGACCCUGUCUUCUUUCUAGUCCUCAUCAUCGCAGAGUACAACUUCAAAGAGGGAGUGAUAUACCUCCAAGAUGGUUUCGCAGGCUCGAAGGUUUACCGGUCCAUGAACUGCGGCCGAUUCAUCCAGUGCUUUGACAACGAGUCGGGCGAAGAAGUUGAAGUCGUGCGCCAAGGCACGGAACCAGUUCUCUUUCGUGAAGACCAAAGCGAAAUCAUCUUUACGACAGGGAAGCCCAGUAAAUCCUGCGAAAUGCCUUUCAUUACUACUGCUCUCCGACCAGAGAGGAAGUACAGGCUGUGCUUCAAACCGACAACUCCGAUUUCGCAUUGGCCAGUCAGCGCGGUGAAUACUUCAACCUCUCUUGCAAGAAGCCCGGACGGUUCGCUAUCUGCGUCUGAACUUCCCACACCAGCUACACCGACUAUACCCUGGAACGCUGCCAAUGGCAACGACAUGAUCGUCUUUGAGACCCGAAGUUCGCGACCGAAGACACCAAAGGUCACUGUCUCUCUAUCAGCACCAUCGACAUACUCCCUUUCCUCGACCUCCAAGAAAUUCACAUUCACGCUCGCCUUCUCGACGGAUGCCGCGUAUCCCUUCACAAUCCACGCAGAUCGCGCAUGGGUCAAGACUCUUCAAUCCGACGUGGCAAUCCUCAACGCAACCACGCGACGCAAGCUCGAACCCUACACAGAAAUCUGCCGCGACCAUUACGAGAUCGAAAGGCACGAGUUCAUACGAUUCGAAAAGACGUACACCGAACACCGAGAGCUAGAUUUUAGAGGCAGGAAGAUGGACAGAUUGAAGCUUGAGGUUGGGAAGGAGUAUAUACUCUGCCAUUUGGGCGGAUCGUGGUGGUGGACGGAGGAUACGGUCGAUGAAGUUAUGGAAUAUCUGGCUUCUUGGAGCAGCGCGGGUCUGGAGGUGGGUACGAAAGUCGAGUUUGAGGGCGCGGGUGAAGUGAAGUUCACGGUGGUGGGGUGAUGAGAUUUUGAAGGUAGAUGAGCAUACGGUUAAACUCUAGGUUC